AUGGAAAUUUUUCGAUAUUCCAGCUUAAAGUCCCUGUUAAGUGUUGUUUAUGAAACAACUGAAAUUAGUGAUAAAAAGACGCCCAUCAAUGUGCUAAAUUUUCUUAUAACAACUGAUUUAAAUAAGUCCCUUUGUGAAGUCGUCAAGUUGGGUGAAUUAGUACUAACCAUCCCAGCCACAAUUUUUAUAUUAGUUUUCAUUACUGAAAACUCCCUGGAAUCAUCAUUCCUAGAGAACGCUUUUCAAAAAAUGCCAAUUAAAAAUCUUUUAACCAAUUGCAAGGACAAAACUGGCGCAACCAAAGAGGAUUUCGAGAUGCUGCGGACGAGAAAAAUACCAAACACAAAAUCGGGGAAAUGUCUCAUGGAGUGCCUUUUCGAAAGUGCUAACAUUAUGAAUAAUGGUAAAUUUAAUAAAAAUGGUAUGGUAGUAGCACUUACUCCCGCUCUAAAAGGAGAUAUUACAAAGUUAGGGAAGCUGAAGGAAUUGAGUAAAGUUUGUGAAGACGAGCUUAAAUUGAAGAAGAAUGAAAAUUGUGAAGAAGGAAAAUUGAUUUUGGAAUGUAUUGCAAAUAAUGGGGGCAAAUAUGGGGUUGACUUUGUUAACCUUAAGAAAAUAUAAUUUAUUUUAUGAUCAAACAGAUAUAAUUUACUGUAAUAUUUCAAUAAAAUAAGAAACUUAUUCUAAUAACAGUUGAUUGUUGUGAACAUUGACAUUAUUGUAUACCUUAUAUAAUACAAACUUUUAUUCUUUGAGUACAAUGUAGUUAUACAGUUUAACAGGUUCUACCACGAAAAUUCAAAUUCUUAAUUGAUUUAGGUACUGAUGUAUAAUAUUGCCUUACAAAAUUUUAAUUGGCUAAAAGGCUUAAUAAUAUCUAGUUAUUAUAACUGUACUCUUUUUUAGAUUUUUUUUUAAUAACCCAUUUACUUAAUCUUUCACACAGAUCUGAAUCUUUUUCAUAUCUAUAUCGUAGUUAUCUAUUACUUUAUGAUUUUAU